CAAAUAGCAAAUCAUUUGACAAUGCUAGUUUGCGAUAUGAGAGAACUAUGGCUUCCUCCUUGAUUAAGUGGUUAAGAGGAUUAUGUGUUUUUUUCUUAACAUGUCUCCUAUCCGUCUUUGCUUUUUUGAAUUUAGAAGAAUUAAAUGAAAUGAAAUAUGGGAUACAGAUUCUGCCCGAUCCAGUUAUUAUGGGACAGAUGGAAGAUGUGAUGGUGGUCUCUAACAAAUAUAAGCAGCUGUAUGAGUGUCGUUUGCCAGCUCAGGCAGUGCGUUUCCAUCAGGACCCGGUGUCAGAACCUGAAGUUCAAGGCUACAGUGGUCCUGGAGUCCCUGAUCUCCUCAAGCCCAUGCAAACUGAACCAUGCCUUGUUAAGACCAAAGACUGGUGGACUUAUGAGUUCUGCUAUGGCCAGCACAUCAGGCAAUACCACUUAGAAGAUUCUGAGAUCAAGGGAGUUGUGCUCUUUUUGGGAUAUUAUGAUUCAGAGUUUGACUGGACCAAUGAAACUGCCAAGGCAUCUAAGCAGCAUAAGCUGAAGAGGUAUCAUAGUCAGUCAUAUGUCAAUGGCUCUAAAUGUGACUUGAACGGGAAUCCCAGACAGACAGAAGUCAGAUUUGUGUGCGAAGAGGGCUCUAGUGACUAUAUCACAAGGGUAGAUGAACCUCAGUCUUGUCGCUAUGUCUUAACAGUACACACCUCUCGCAUAUGCCAGCAUCCCCUCCUGCGCCCAGCUUCCACUGCCAAACCACAAGGCAUUGUGUGCCAACCUGCUCUCAGUGCCCAGCAGUAUAUGGACUAUGUCAAGGCUCAAGUCUCUGACACUAAACGUAAAGUGGAGCAGAUCUCGGAGGAGCUCAAGAACCUGGAUGAAAUUCUGUCCAAGGAUGACAAGAAAAAGGGAUUGCAAGACGACAAAACGGAUGAGGACCCUGCGGUCCAUUCAGAUGAUCCUCCACUUUCAGAGUCAGAAACAAAACAGGAUGAAGUAGCUGAGGGGGACCUAGUGAGGGAAGAACCAGAGGACAAGGACUUCUGGGAGGGAGUUACCAAACCAGCAAGCACAGAGUCAAGCACGCCUGACUCAGAGAACCCUCAGGAGCCUCAGGACAACCAAUUAGAUGAAAAUGACAGAUUUGGAGAGGAAAAUUUUAAUUUUAAAAUCAUCACAGACCCUGCAGACCUCAUGAAAUUUGUACAACAUCUCAGAGAGAGCAACCAAAAAAACAGGAAAGCUGAGCUGGAAAAAGAGCUCCAGCAGUCAUCUCAGAAGAGAGAGGAGGAGGAGGAUGAAGAGAAAAGAGAGGAGAGGGCAGCAGGAAGGGAGGUAGAGGAAGGGGACGAGGAUGAAAAAUUGCUGCAGGAGUUUGAGGAUGAGAUGGGAGAUCUGUCCGUUCCCUCCUCCAAGAUAGAUGAGAUAAAAGAAGAGAUGCAGAAAGAGUUUGACAACAUCAUAGAGGAAGCUCAGCAGGAGUUAGAGAAUGAAGGUCUUAAGGGCGAGUUUGAUCGCUCUCAGGCUACACAAACUUUAGAGAACACACUGGGCAAACUUCUGGACCGUCUUGAAGACAAGACUGGACAUGAGAGUCAACCAGAAACAGAAGAAAAUACGGAAAUGCAUAAAAGCACACACACCGAGCAUAAGGCAGAGGGAGGGCCUUCUGCUGGCAGCCCAAACCUGGUUCCCAAAACACCAGCCCAAGCGGGCAGCAGUGGCGAUCAGGUAAAAGUCAGGGUGACUAAGUAUAAGUUGGGCGGAGGUGUGGCUGCAGGAGCUGUUACCGGGGGCAACGAUGAUGAUGAUGGUGAGGGGGGUGUGAAGGUGAAGGAACUGGGCGAGGGCGACCCCCAGUGGCAGCAGAUUCAGGAAGUGGUCAAAGAGCAGCUAGAGAGAGCCGGCAUCAAGGCCGAAGGAAAGAUUGAGGUGAAGAUUUUAACCCGUAAAACAGCAGAGGAAGAAGGAGACCAGUGGCUUACUGAGGAGGAUACAAAAUCAUUUAGAGAACUCCUCAUCAACCUUCUGACGGGAGGUACAGAAGAAGUAUAUAAAGAGCAGAAGAGACAGCAAGAGUUGGAGAAUAACUACAAAUUUGUCUGGGGAGAAAAACCGGAAGAGAGCCAGUCCACAGGAAACGGUGAUUCUGAUGAAACGGACUUUUGAGCCUCUUUUCUCUUCUCUCAAGCACUAUUAACCUGAAAAAGGGUAUACUGCGUUCUCUGAACUAUAAACUGCCUGGUCAUCACAUGCAUCAAAACCAAACUGCUCUCUUAGAUCGUUUAAGUUCACAUGACUGAAUGAGUGUCUGUGAGUGGUUUAUAUUAUUGCCUGAUUUCAAUCCUGGAUGGGCUUUUUUUUUUUUUUUUUUUUUUUUUUUUUUUUU